AUGCAUGCGAACCGAACCUCAUCCUCAUCCUCAUCUUCCUCAUCCUCUUCCUCAUCCUCCCCCAUCGGCGUGUUCGCGGACUGCAGCAUCCCCGCGGGCGCGCGCCUCGGACCGGUACCGGGAAUCUUCCGUCUGGGGAAGUGUGUCUCAGACCGGAAAGAAGUCGGAGUUAAAAAGAAGGUGCGGCUGGUCCGAGGGGAAUUUGUAGAUGAAUGCGGGUCCGCAGUCUCAGAGUGGAUUUUAUUAAUCCGAGCAGCGAGGAACAGCCAAGAACAGAACCUGGAGGCGGUGUCGGAUUUACCUGUCGGACAGAUAUUUUACCGAGCGCUCAGGGAGAUCUCGGCCGGAGAGGAACUGAGUGUUUGGUACUCCGAGGUCCUGGCUCAAUGGUUCCACAUUCCUACUACUGCAACUCCGACCCAUGACGAGAGAGGUGAAGAGCGCUACAUUUGCUGGUACUGUUGGAGAAUAUUCCGGUACCCAAACACCCUCAAAGCACACGUGCAUUUUCACUGUGCACUGAGCUACGCACGAACGCCCAUCAGUCAUGAACACGCGCCACGAGGACCACCAGACAACACCAACUUCAGUCGCUCACCCAAGUCAGGUGAUAUUCCCAGUGGCGCUAGCACCUCACCCUUCACCAACAAGGCGACUGUAGGGUUACCGAGGCGAGCCAGCCAGGAGGAGCAGGACCGUGCACUUGAUAUGAGCGUGACCUCGUCAUCCAGACACCACCACGGCCUGGUCGGUGGGAGCUCCUGCAUAGCGUUUCAGCCAGGCACUCGCUCAGCUUUCAUUCCUGCAGGUCUUGGCAAAAUGUUUUCUGCCGCUGAUGAGCCCACAAACAGAGAAACGAAAGCAGACAUGACACUUAGCUUUGGCAAACUCGCUCAGGUCUCAAAGGCCAGCCGCACUCCUGUCGACUCUGCGCCUCGAGGGUUUUCAUUAUUAUCUCAUUUUGAGGAGACCUCGGCCUUCAAGCAUGUCUCCCCUGGUACACGUUAUCCACACAUUCCAUCUGGUUUCCCAUUUGACCGCUUCUCAUUACCGCCAUCCUACAAUGGAGACUGUAACAGCGUUCCUCUAGUGCCAUUUACCGUUUAUAAUGGAGAGCUGCUUUAUGGAUCACCCUACUACCCACUAAAGUUCCACCUCCUCCGCUACCCAGAUGCGGUUUCUUCUUACCUUGGUGGUCCUGCACUUGGGGCAGAUGUGAACCCCACAUGCAGCCCAGCUGACAGGGAGAUGGCCAUACAUGUGGAGAAAUCCAGAGCCAGACUGGAACCCCUGCCCUCUGUGACACAUACGCAAGCGACCGGAGCAAACGCGGUCACGGGCAAACCGAAGAAAGGUCAUCUGUGCCUGUAUUGUGGGAAGCUCUAUUCCAGAAAGUAUGGACUAAAGAUCCACAUGAGAACACACACAGGCUACAAACCACUCAAGUGUAAGGUGUGCUUCCGGCCAUUCGGUGACCCAAGCAACCUUAACAAGCACGUACGCCUGCACGCUGAGGGCAAUACACCUUACCGGUGUGAUUACUGCGGGAAAGUGCUGGUGCGCCGGAGAGACCUCGAGCGCCACGUCAAGUCCAGGCACCCGGGACACCAGGGCAUAAAAAAGAGGUCGGCAGAGGAGGAAGAGCACACUGACGAUCGCACCGAGGAGCCAAAGAGUGAUGAGGACAGUGACGUGGACGUGUGCUUCACAGACGAACAGAGUGACCAAGAGUCCAGUCAAAAAUAACCACUGACACUUUAAC